UCUAGUCGCGAAAACACAGACGCAAGAUAAAAGAAAAACAGACGAAGAGGGAAAACGGGAAAUACGCGGGAAGUGCAGCCUAAACGCCAAAUUUUUCACGCGCAACGAUUAACGAGAAUAAACAGCCUCACCAUUGAUCAAUUCCUGCAACUGCAAGAGCGGAUCCGUAACUUCGAGGGCAUGCUUGGCGGCGGCAGCGGGGAGCGUCUGUGCACGCCAAGCACUUCGGCCGGCCCCUUCCGCAUCUUCUCCGUGGCCGGAUUUCAGAACCGGGCCAAUGACAUCGUCUACUGCCCGCCGAUCGUGCGUCAGCACUCGGUACACGUACCGGAGGACUCUACGGCCAUUAUAUACUUUGGCGGGGAUGUACAGGACUUUCCGGAGAGCAUGGAGACGAACCGCGACAGCAGAGGCUACAUGAAAUACAACCUCGAGAACUCGGCCAUACUUCUGCGUGAGGCUUUUCCCAGGUCACACAUUAUUGUGAUCCGACCAGUGCGCAUGGAAUUUAAAACAUUCAGCUGCUUUGACAACUUUGUAAGGGGAAACAACGCUGGAGUUCCGGAUCACACCCCCAUGAACCAUGCCCUCCAGCACUUAGAAAAACUGCUCCAAAAUCUGUCGCAGCGCCUGAUCUCUAUACCCGAGAACGAAAUCCUCGAUCAAGCUGCCCAGGCAGCUGCAGCUGCGGCGGCGGUGGCUGCUGCUGCAGCGGCCGCUGCAUUGACGCUAUCCAACGCCACGGUCACUUCGGAGUCCAACUCACAAUCAGCACCGGCCAAUGAUAGUAACCAAGAGAUGGACAUUGAUAUACUGCAGGUGCAGGAGAAUAUCACAGUUGAUGCAGAUGGGGCAGUUAUAUUUCCGAUUGUGGGCAAUGAUACGCCUGAAACGGUAAACAAUGUGUCGGGAAAUAAUGGCAGCAUUGGCGGCGGUGGAAAUGAUGACAGUGUGAAUAACCACCAGGAGCAGGUGAACAACCAGCAACUUCAACAGCAGCAGCAAACGGCGGCAGCCAUAAAAAUGAAUUCUUCCGCAACGGCUCUAAAUGCCACCAACAAUGUGGAGCACUACAACAACGAUUGCGCUACGAGGCAGGUUCCUGCUGCAAACGCAACAUCAGCCUCCUCACCGGCAUCAUCGACAUCCACUGCAAACAGCGACAGCAAUCCGCUGUGGUGGCGCGAGAACCUCAACCUGGACAAGUCCAAGCUGGUGCUAAUUGGCUUUAGCAAGGGCUGCGUCGUGCUCAAUCAAUUCAUCUACGAGUUCCACUAUCUCAAAACUCUGACGCCCGAUGAUAGCAGCAUGUGCCGCCUGCUCUCCCGCAUCUCGGACAUGUACUGGCUGGAUGGCGGCCACGGGGGCCAGAAGAACACAUGGAUUACAUCCCGCAGUUUGCUAGAGACACUCACACGCAUGGCAGGUAUGAACAUCCACGUACACCUGACGCCCUACCAAGUUCAGGAUGACCGUCGACCCUGGAUUCGUAAGGAGGAGAAACUGUUCACGGAGAUGCUAAGGCGGUUGAAUGCGCCGAUUACUCGUCACUUGCACUAUGACAACCAGCCGGCUAACCUAAUGACUCACUUUGAGGUGCUUCAAGCAUUUUGCCAGCAUGUCCACGCAUUAAACCAACAGCAGCUGCAGCAGCAGCAGCAACAGGGAGUGGGGAUCAGUGAGCAGUCUGCGACGGCGGUAGCUACCAACAAUGGUAGCAACAAUCUGUUGGAAGCCGGCGAGGAGGCAAAGUGA